AGUCCAUUCUACUCACAGUUUCUUAUUCCCAUUUCCACACCAGGCCCAGACGUCUUUGUAUACGUCUUUGGCUUAACAUUGUCUUCUGCUCUUUUCUCUCUUCCCCAAAACACCACAACAACCGAAGCCAGAAAAAAUGAGAGAGUGCAUCUCAAUCCACAUUGGGCAGGCAGGUAUCCAAGUGGGUAACGCGUGUUGGGAGCUCUACUGCCUUGAACAUGGAAUUCAGCCUGAUGGACAAAUGCCAGGCGACAAAACAGUUGGUGGCGGAGACGACGCCUUCAACACGUUUUUCAGUGAGACCGGGGCCGGAAAACACGUCCCACGCGCUGUGUUCUUGGACCUUGAACCGACCGUCAUCGACGAGGUCAGGACCGGGACUUACCGCCAGCUGUUCCACCCUGAACAACUCAUCAGCGGCAAAGAAGACGCAGCAAACAACUUUGCAAGAGGCCACUACACAAUUGGGAAAGAGAUAGUGGAUCUGUGCCUUGAUAGGAUCAGGAAGCUUGCUGAUAACUGCACUGGGCUUCAGGGGUUUCUGGUGUUCCAUGCGGUGGGUGGAGGGACAGGCUCUGGGCUUGGGUCUCUGCUUCUGGAGAGGCUCUCUGUAGACUACGGCAAGAAAUCCAAGCUCGGAUUUACCGUCUAUCCGUCCCCUCAGGUCUCCACCUCCGUCGUCGAACCUUACAACAGUGUGUUGUCCACUCACUCCCUUCUGGAGCACACCGACGUGUCCGUGCUACUCGACAACGAAGCCAUCUACGACAUUUGCCGCAGAUCGCUUGACAUUGAGAGACCCACUUACACUAAUCUCAACAGGCUCGUUUCCCAGGUGAUUUCUUCACUGACUGCUUCUCUGCGUUUCGAUGGUGCUCUGAACGUGGACGUGACAGAGUUUCAGACCAAUUUGGUCCCUUACCCGAGAAUUCACUUCAUGCUUUCGUCGUAUGCCCCUGUAAUCUCCGCCGAGAAAGCCUACCAUGAGCAACUCUCGGUUGCUGAGAUCACAAACAGCGCUUUCGAGCCGUCGUCCAUGAUGGCCAAAUGCGACCCACGACACGGGAAGUACAUGGCAUGUUGUCUGAUGUACAGGGGCGACGUGGUUCCCAAGGACGUGAACGCGGCGGUGGCUACCAUAAAGACAAAGAGGACCAUUCAGUUUGUGGACUGGUGCCCCACUGGGUUCAAGUGCGGGAUCAACUACCAGGCUCCCACUGUGGUUCCUGGGGGUGACUUGGCCAAGGUUCAGAGGGCUGUGUGCAUGAUCUCCAACUCCACCAGUGUGGCCGAGGUGUUUUCCAGAAUUGAUCAUAAGUUUGAUUUGAUGUAUGCGAAGAGGGCUUUCGUGCAUUGGUAUGUUGGUGAGGGUAUGGAGGAAGGGGAGUUUUCGGAGGCCAGGGAGGAUUUGGCUGCGCUCGAGAAGGACUAUGAGGAAGUUGGGGCAGAGUCUGCUGAAGGGGAGGAUGAUGAAGGCGAUGAGUAUUAGGCGUCUACUCAUGUAGUUAGUGGUUCUGCCAAUGGACUCAUUGGUUUGAAAACAGUCGAUUGAGAGAGACUCUCUAUUUCUAUUUUCUACCGUGUUUUAAGUUUCUUUUUUCAUAUAUUUGAUCUGAAUUUGAGUUUAA